UUAACAUUGGCCAGCGGCUGGUGUGAAUGGUAACUCAGUGACCGGUAAUCCGUUAGUCCAGCUCAAAUGUGUUAACGUCUCAGUGAACGCUGGUUGGCUUUGGCUUUACACCCACGUUGCGCUGCAGUUAAAAUGGCAAAGGUUCAGACCCCACACAAGAAGGUGGUUAAAAGCCCUGCGAAGAACAACCAAAACUCACAAUCCUCCCAGAAGACCCAAACAGACUAUUGUAUUUUGUGUCGCAAGUUUCAUUUGAAACAUGAAGCACAACAGCAUGUGCACAGUAUGCUGCAUCACAGAGAGCUGGACAUAGUGCUGGGCAAGGAUUCCCGUCAUGAGUGUCAGGCGUGUAAAUCCUCCUCCAUGGGUUUAAAUGAGUAUGCUAAGCACAUCUCCACCGCUGAACACAUAGCCAAGUUGAAGAGCUUGAUAAAUAAGAAUGUAAAGGCCCUCUCUCUGCAUAAGACUCUGGGCAAAGAGACCGUAUGCCAGAUCCUGGAGAGAAACAAGACACUGAAAAAAGAGGAGAAGAAAGCCACGAAAAAGAAAAAAAAGAAACAAAAGCAGAUAGCUGGUCAGAAGCGUGCAGCAAUGCUACAGGGAGCUGGCAGUAAAAACAAAGUGGUAUCUAAAGUAGUGAAGGUGAAACAAGAUAAACAAACUAACAUUAGUACACUGAAACAGGACAACUACCAGCAAGGACGAAACAAUGCUGUUGUUCAAAACAAAGAGAAUAAAGUGUCCCGUCUGCAAAGACCUCUUCACCAAAGAGAAUCAUCUCUGCAGAAUCAAAGUGGAAAAUUGGCUUGUUUGUCAGGAGAGCCUGCAGGUCAAACUUCGCAUUGCCCUGAUGUUCGAGACCAGUCCACCCAAUCGGCUCAUCACUUUUCUAUCAAAAUUGAGAGCUCUCAAACAGACAGUCUUGGUAGAAAACAACAGAAGGGUCAAGGGGGUGCCGCUAAAAUACCAGGAAAAGCAUGGCCUACCAUGAGCCAGAAUGACUAUUAUAAUAAGCAAUACGACGGAGACUUUACCAGUGAUCAGCUUCCUCAUAACGGAGCCAUCAUCUUUGGUCAUGGCCAGAGUGACAGUACAGGAUCUUCUCUGCCAGGACAAGAAGCUUUAGCUCAACGUGCUGCAGCAAGCAGAUCCACCAACGCAGUUCCCAUACGGGAUGUCGACGUUAGUGCGAUGCUACGGCAGAUCAGAAGAGCACUGGGUGUGAGGGAGCCGUGUAGAGCUGACCGUGAAGCCCGCAAGCAGAACAGUGAGGCAAGUGUCCGGGGGGCUGAGAAAGAGCAGGUGGCCAGUGGCUACUUCAGGAACAACACCAAGGAGGCUACACAUCCCAUCACCUAUGCUGCAGCUACAUCUGUGCAAUCCUCACAGGUCAACAGCUCCGCUGCUGCAUCCCAUUCUAGUGUUUGUCCCUCCAGUAUUGCCCCUCCAAAUCCAAAGCAGAUGAAAAGUGACAUCAGAGAGAGGGUAUCUCAGGGUGCUCUCAACAGCCAGAUCUCUGUCAGCCGAUGUUCAACCACAUCCUCCGAGUACAACUCGAACAUCACCCGCAAGAUUCGAAUUGCUCACAGUUCAGCAAAAGCUCAGGGGGGAAAUGAAGCUGGGCUUACACCAAAACUGGAUAAAAUGUUCAGCCUAUCAGGGAGCAAUAGGAAGAUGAGCUGGAGAGAGCUGUAUGAGGAGACGAAAAGGGAGAGGGGCAAAGGCAUGCCCAGGUUUGGAAUUGAGAUGGCCAACCCUCUGUCAGACCAAGAAAGCUCAAGAAAAGCAGAAUAUGACAUAACUCUGUCAGAAGGCUUUCAUUGGGAAUCAUUCCCAGACACUACUUCAGGUGCACAAUGGAUCGGACUACCUCCUCUGCCCCAAGACACAAUUCAUAAUGACUCUCACACAGAAAUGCAGUCAAAUUCUCAGAUGCAGGAGCCGGUGGAGCAGCCUGGUGCAGCACAAGAAGGCUGCAGCAGUCAGACAACUGAAGCUGUCUCUGUGAAGUUGGAGCAAUACUUGGAAAAUGAUGAUGGAGAUUUGAGAGCCAGCGGUGGUGCAAGCAAGAGGAAACACAACGUGUGUGGUGACAUUUCCGAUCAGCAACCAUGUGGGAAAAAGAUGAAAUCGAAGUCAAACCCAGACCAGUGCCAAAUGGACCAGCUGUUGGCUGUGUCUCUUAGGGAGGAUGAGCUGAGCCAUACGUUGCAGGAUUUGGACAAGUCUCUGGUCCAGGCCCGCAAUGCCUUGCAAGCUGCCUAUGCAGAAGUCCAAAGACUGAUGUUAAUGAUACAGCAGUUCACUGCUGAGGUCAACAGUCUGAGAGCACAGCGAAUUGAAAUCCUGCAGGGGAUGAAAGGAGGAUACUCAGGAGCAUCUAAUGUAACAGAGAAAGCCGCCAUAUCACCUGCAAGGGCUGGAGUCUCUCCUCUUCCUUCCUCCAGUGCCUUCCCUACCCAAUCAUGUCCCACAAUCCCAGCAUCUUCCAUCAGUCCCCUUGCCCUGCCAGCCAUGCAAGUAAAGCUAGAAAAUGUUCAGCAGUUCACAGAUGGACAAUUUCCCAAAACCCUCUCCUGCAACUCUGAUACACUUCAGGUACCUGUGAACAAACCCGUGCCCUUGUUUUCCUCUGAAUUGCUCCCUUCACUGCUGCUUCCUUCACCAAGCUUAGCUGCUCCUACAGCUGCUGUUACCUCUCUCACACAACCUCAAACAGAGUGCUCAACAUCACCAUUUCGAAAUCCUCAGACUGUGACAGUAGCGAGAGAGGAAGCACAGUCAGCUGACGCUGAUUCUGUGAAAGCAGCGGGAGAAAAUCUCUGCAUAGUAAAAGAAAAAGAGCCAGCAGCAGAGAAGCCUGUCUCCACUUUUGUCCCCGAAAGAGAUCAAAAUGCAUCUGCUGCAGCACCAGACGAUGAUAAAGGAAACGAGAGCGACUCCUCUGUCAAAAUGGUGGAGGCCUCUAACGUGGUGGUCAUUGAUAUUGAUGACUCAGAGGAAACACCAAAUGAUCCAGUCCAGCAAGAGCCUCCUGAGAAGGCUGUCAGUGUGGAGCUCAACUCUUUCAGCACGCAGUUGGUUCAGCAAAAUGAGGCUGAGAGGAAACUUCAGCCGACACUGGCGCCGGUGAAAGAUGCCAGUGUUCCUCCAGAGGGUGUUGAGGAUGACGAGCCGUCAGUGGGAGCCUUUUCGAAUCACGCAGGUCUUGUUCAAGGCCUCCAGGUUCACGAAGGUCGACUGUACACAUGUUCAGGGGACAACACAGCGCGAGCCUACAGUCUGAUGAACAGGGAGUGCCAAGCCGUGUUUGAGGGUCACACAGACAAAGUCAACUGUCUGCUGGUGUCGUCUGUCCCAAACUUGCCAGCUCGCCUCUACACAGGAUCCAGUGACCAGACUAUCCGCUGUUACAGCAUAAAGACCACAAAGUUUCUGGAGCAGAUCUCUCUGUCGGACAGAGUGUUGUGUUUGCACUCUGCCUGGAACAUCCUGUUUGCUGGACUCGCCAAUGGAUCAGUGGCUAGCUAUGACUUAAAGACUCUGAAGCAGUUAGAUGUGUUUGAGUGCCACGGCCCGCGAGGUGUGAGCUGUCUGGGCACAGCACAGGAGGGCGCCCGCCGAGUGCUGCUGGUCGGCUCCUACGACAGCACCAUCAGUGUACGAGACGCAAAGAGCGGCUUGUUGCUGCGCUCGCUGAAGGGUCACACCAAAACUGUACUCUGCAUGAAGGUGGUGAAUGACCUGGUCUUCAGUGGCUCCAGUGACACAUCUGUUCAUGCCCACAACAUCCACACGGGUGAGUUGGUUCGUAUCUACAAGGGUCACGGUCAUGCAGUCACAUCAAUAGUCAUUUUGGGAAAAGUGAUGGUGACAGCUUGUCUGGAUCAGCUGGUCCGAGUUUAUGAGCUAAAGUCCCAUGACCUCCUGCAAGUGUACGGGGGUCACAGUGACAUGGUGAUAUGCAUGGCUGUACAUAAAAGUGUGGUCUACACAGGCUGUUAUGAUGGCAGUGUUCAAGCUGUGAAGCUCAACUUGCUGAAUAACUACCGCUGCUGGUGGCAGAAUUGCCCUCUGAUCUUCGGCAUGGCGGAGCAUCUUUUGCAGCAUCUCGUCCACGAUCACACCAACUCAAAUCUACAAUCAGUCAAAUGUCGCUGGAGAGGCUGCAGCACUUUUUUCAUGACACAGCAGUGUGUUCGGCAGAAGCUGCCUGAACACAUGCAGAGCCACGUGGACAACGACAGUAAAGUGCAGCCUUGACAACAGCACUGAAGUGAUGAAUCAGAUAAGUCUCAUCCAGUAAAACACAGCGACUGAUGUUUUGUUUCAGAGUUCUUUAGGAUUUGCAGUUUAUUUUCCAUUUAAAUUUCAAUUGGAGAUUGUCUUAUUUUCACAUCUCUUUGGUCUUGUGCGUAUUGUGUGACCUCUGUGACAGUAAGAUAAGACAGGCCAAUCAAAAAAUAUCACCUUUUGGUAAUUUAAGGGCUCCGUAAGUAUUUGCAUUUGUCAGCAAUUAAUCUGUAGUUCACAAGUAAAAAGAUUCAUUACUUUAUUGUAUUUUUGGAUCAGUCGGUUAACAAGUUUGUUGUUAUCAAUGUGAAUUCAUGAUGUGACACCAUAAAAAAAGUCAUACAGUAACCCUCUUCAGAUGUGUCAUUAUUAUAUGUGAAGCUAAUUAUUCAGAACAUUUCCACAACUAUGCUGCACCGGUAUGAACACCUCAGAGUAGCUUUUGCAAAGCAGUUUAUAUUGUGAGCUGUUUUCAUCAUUGAUAUUUUUCUAAAUUGUAUUGGCAGUUGACUGUGAAGUGGAGGCAAUAUGCUUUAACACUGACUGUAUUUUGGUUUAGUGUUAGGUAGGAAGGAAUGAGAAAAAAAAAUACUGCCAAGCCAGUAGCUCAUUGUUUCUGACUCCUAACAUUCAGAUAUGUUUUAUUUCUAAACUUGUUUUCUGCCCCAUCUGACCCUGACUCAAGUGACAUAACUCAGAGCUUUAUCUGAUUUUCUGCAGCUUUCUUAUUCUAGGAAGGGUCAGGGCUCUGAGGAUUGUCGGUAGGAUUUUCAAAUCUUUUCUUAAGUCUUUCAACAUUGUUUUCCUGAGAGUGACCUAACUUUGGUGUGGAAGGGACGUGCGUACAUGGAAGUAAACAGACUUAAUAUUUAUAGAAGGUGCUCUUUGGGAAGUAACUUCAGUGUUUAAAAUCCACAGG